CUGCUUAUCUUCGUUUUUUACUCUUUUACAGCCUCCGAGUUUGAGGUAUGUCCUCCCUGUAGAGAGUACGAUCGCGUUCUCUAUUGUCGGACCGUGCUCGCCGCCCUAGCUGUUCUACGCUUUCUCACGGCCAACAUUUGGCAGGCCGAGAUGUGCAUACUGCUGCAUGUUGCCUCCUCCAGUAUAGAGAACCCUGAAAUCCCAGGUUUGAAUUCCCUCACUUCCGAGUUAAUGCAAUUUCACGCUUGUUUCUUCAUCUCUCUUCAUCUCAUCUUCUUUAUCGGCCCACUUAUCUGUCUCCUGUCGUUAGAUAAUCCCAUGCAAUUGCUCGAAGACUUUGCCCUCAAGUUGUCUCAGCUGGACUUGGAUGCCCUUCAACUCGUGGUGAGACUGCCCGCCGACUUGGCUGAUUACAGUCUUCCUCCUCCCACUCCACACGGUGUAAGGUCUAGACUGAGCACAGCCGCUGACUUGACCAAAACUGUUGCCUACGCUUGUCACAUACACGCCGGUUCCUUAGCCCACAUGAUACUGAGACCUCACAUCGAUGACAGUUUCCGUAAGACAACAGGGAGCACUUCAAACCUGGUUCUCAGUCUCGAGGCCAAGUUCCCAUUCAGUUGGCGACAUCCUAAGCUAUAA